AGAGAUACCCCAGAGAGAUGUCUCCGUCCUCUGUAUUCCCAGGAUUGUACAGAGGAGAAUCACAGGAUCCCACAGGAGGAUCAGGAUGAAUGUCUCACUGACAUUAAGAUAGAAGAUACAGAGGAAGAAAAAGAGACGUAUGUGACGGAUAUAAAGGCAGAAGAUUUAGAGGGAGAAGAAGAGACGUAUGUGACUGAUAUAAAGGCAGAAGAUAUAGAGGGAGAAGAAGAGACGUAUGUGACUGAUAUAAAGGCAGAAAAUAUAGAGGGAGAAGAAGAGACGUAUGUGACUGAUAUAAAGGCAGAAGAUAUAGAGGGAGAAGGAGAGACGUAUGUGACUGAUAUAAAGGCAGAAGAUAUAGAGGGAGAAGAAGAGACGUAUGUGACUGAUAUAAAGGCAGAAGAUAUAGAGGGAGAAGAAGAGACGUAUGUGACUGAUAUAAAGGCAGAAGAUAUAGAGGGAGAAGAAGAGACGUAUGUGAGGGGUGAUCAGCAGUCUAAGAAGGAGGACAUCCCUACAGAUAUCAGCACAGCAGAUGGACACACAAGCAGGAAUAUCUCAGAAGGACAUCUAAUGUUAUCCCCGGAUUGUGACAUAAAAGAUAAUGACAGUAGACAGGAUUCUCCAGGAGAUAACCCCAUUACCCCAAUUAUACAUCCAGCUCUAUCAGCUGGUCCCUCUGAUCCUGGGAAAUGUUCUCCUGAUCACUCUGAUAUUGGUGCAUCUGUUCCAGCUCUGACAGUAGAUACAGUGUUUCCCUGUUCUAUAGAUGCCAAAUGUUUUACACAGAACACAAAGCUUAUUACCCAUCAGACAGGUAAGGCAGGUGAGAGGCCAUUUCCAUGCUCUGAGUGUGGGAAAUAUUUUACCUGGAAAUCACAACUUGUUACACAUCAGCGAAGUCACACAGGUGAGAAGUCAUUUCCAUGUUCUGAGUGUGGUAAAUGUUUUGCACACAAAUCUGAUCUUAUUAGACAUAACAGAAGUCACACAGGUGAGAAGCCAUUUUCUUGCUCUGAGUGCGGGAAAUGUUUUAUCCGGAAAUCACAACUUGUUGCACAUCAGCGAAGUCACACAGGUGAGAGGCCAUUUCCAUGUUCUGAGUGUGGAAAAUAUUUUACCUGGAAAUCACAACUAGUUACACAUCAGCGAAGUCACACAGGUGAGAAGUCAUUUCCAUGUUCUAAGUGUGGGAAAUGUUUUGCACACAAAUCAGAUCUUAUUAGACAUAACAUAAGUCACACAGGUGAGAAGCCAUUUUCUUGCUCUGAGUGCAGGAAAUGUUUUAUCCGGAAAUCCCAACUUGUUACACAUCAGAGAAGGCAUACAGGUGAGAGGCCAUUUCCAUGUUCUGAGUGUGGGAAAUGUUUUGCAUGCAAAUCAGACCUUGUUAUACAUCACAGAAGUCACACAGGUGAGAAGCCAUUUUCUUGCUCUGAGUGCGGGAAAUGUUUUAUCCGGAAAUCAAAACUUGUUACACAUCAGAGAAGGCAUACAGGUGAGAGGCCAUUUCCAUGUUCUGAGUGUGGGAAAUGUUUUAUAUGCAAAUCAGAUCUUGUUAUACAUCAGAGAAGUCACACAGGUGAGAAGCCAUUUUCUUGCACUGAAUGUGGGAAAUGUUUUACACAGAAAUCACAACUUGUUACACAUCAGCGAAGUCAUACAGGUCAGAGGCCAUUUCCAUGUUCUGAGUGUGAGAAAUGUUUUGCACACAAAUCAGUUCUUGUUAAACAUCAGAGAAGUCACACAGGUGAGAAAGCAUUUCCAUGUUCUGAGUGUGAGAAAUGUUUUGCACACAAUUCAGCUCUUGUUUUACACCACAGAAGUCACACAGGUGAGAAACCAUUUUCUUGCUCUGAGUGUGGAAAAUGUUUUACACAAAAAUCACAACUUGUUACACAUCAGCGAAGUCACACAGGUGAGAAGCCAUUUCCAUGUUCUGAGAAAUAUAACGAAAUACAUACUAACACGUUCAACAAACCAGUGGACGUCCAUAGCUUCAUGCUAACCUCCAGCUGCCACCACCCAAACUGGUUGAACAGUAUCCCAGUAGGACAAUUCAAAAUACUCAGGAGGAACUGCUCCCGAGUCAGCGAUUAUGAGACACAAGGACAAGAACGAAGUUUAAAAUUUAGAGAGAAACAGUACGAUACAGAAAAGAAGCCGGGGUCUGUGGUGCGGCCUCCCACCCCACCGGAAGUGAGGCUGAUCGGGACUGCCGUCCGGGAAGACCGGGAAGACGAGCCCAUACGCCGGACCGACGGAAAGCGAUAUCCUCAGCAGCCAUCGGGACCGUGUGACCUGCAUGAUCCCUGCAGCAGCCAUCGGGAUCGUGUGCGGAGGCGGCUCAGUACGGAGCUACCCCGCCCAGGUGUGGACUACCAUAUUACCUCACGUCUUUCUGCCACUAUGCCUAAAGGGGGUAAAAAAUCGAACACCCACAACCUGGUGGGCUACUUCAAGAAUUCUGCUCCACCGUCCACCAGGAAAACUUCCUCGACUCCUCCUGCUUCAGCGACGUCUGAUCGAGACUCAGAUGAAGACUCUUCCUCCACCCCCGCUACAAAAGCGGACGUCGCCCUUCUCCUGUCCGAAAUGCGCAAUAUUAAAAAAUCAAUACGUGCGGAGGUACAGGAGGCUAUCUCAGGUCUGAAAACAGAUGUGGACAGUCUGGGCUCCAGGGUCGAUGCUAUCGAACGGAAACAAGAGGAGCUUAUCGCUUUCCAACAAGAAUCAGAACAGGAGAUAACCCAAAUGCGUACAGACGUUAUGCUAUUAGCGGAUAAACAAGAAGAUUUGGACAACAGAGGGCGUCGGAACAAUCUUAGAAUCCGUAACGUCCCCGAGACGGUGGAACAAAACCACCUCACGGACUAUCUACUCCGCCUCUUCCGCUCACUUGCUCCCUCCAUCCCGGAUGACAUGCUACUCCUUGACAGGGCUCACAGGGCCCUACGUCCUAGAUCCCAAGAUGCUAAAAUACCGAGAGACGUAAUCCUGCGUUUUCACUACUUUGUGGUCAAAGACCAAGUUUACGCGAAAGCCCGGAGGUCCUCGACUAUCCAUUUUGAAGGCUCUGAUCUCGCGAUCUUCCAGGACCUGUCGCCAGUCACGUUAAAUAGAAGGAGGGAGCUAAAGGACAUAACCAAAACCCUGAGAGACAACAACAUCAGAUAUAGGUGGGGCUUCCCUUUUGCCCUCCAAGUCAAGGCAGAUGGCAAAUUCCUCUCCGCCAGAUCCCCCGACGAGGCCCUUCAGCUUCUCCACCGACUGAACAUCUCCGGCCCCCAGACCACUCCUCAAAGCUCUCUACCAGUCAACACCUCCCCUUCCCUCACAGCCCCAUCCCCAAAUUGGACCACCGUCCUGGAAGAUCGCGAGAUCAGAGCCUUCAAAAUGGAUAGUCGAGGACCUCCGGGCUUUCGCGUAAACUUGGUCUUUGACCACAAAGUAGUGAAAACGCAGGAUUACGUCUCUCGGAGAAGGGCGACGUCCGCUUUUGUAGCGGGGGUGGAGGAAGAGUCUUCAUCUGAGUCUCGAUCAGACGUCGCUGAAGCAGGAGGAGUCAAGGAAGUUUUCCUGGGACACACAAGCAGGAAUAUCUCAGAAGGACAUCUAAUGUUAUCCCCGGAUUGUGACAUAAAAGAUAAUGACAGUAGACAGGAAUCUCCCGGAGAUAACCCCAUUACCCCAAUUAUACAUCCAGCUCUAUCAGCUGAUCCCUCUGAUCCUGGGGAAUGUUCUCCUGAUCACUCUGAUAUUGGUGCAUCUGUUACAGCUCUGACAGUAGAUACAGUGUUUCCCUGUUCUAUAGAUGCCAAAUGUUUUACACAGAACACAAAGCUUAUCACCCAUCAGGCAGCUAAGGCAGGUGAUAAACCAUUUCCAUGUUCUGAGUGUCGGAAAUGUUUUACAUACAAAUCAUAUCUUGUUAGACAUCAGAAAAGUCACACAGGUGAGAAUACAUUUCCAUGUUCUGAGUGUGGGAAAUGUUUUGCACAUAAAUCAUAUCUUAUUAAACAUCAGAGAAGUCACACAGGUGAGAGGCCAUUCCCAUGUUCUGAGUGUGUAAAAUGUUUUGGACACAAAGCAGAUCUUAUUAAACAUCAAAGAAGUCACACAGGUGAGAAGCCAUUUUCUUGCUCUGAGUGUGGGAAAUGUGUUACACGGAAAUCACAACUUGUUGCACAUCAGCGAAGACACACAGGUGAGAGGCCAUUUCCAUGUUCUGAGUGUGGGAAAUCUUUUAUACAGAAAUCACAUCUUGUUAAACAUCAGCGAAGUCACACAGGUGAGAAUACAUUUCCAUGUUCUGAGUGUGGGAAAUGUUUUACACCCAAAUCGUAUCUUGUUAUACAUCAGAGAAGUCACACAGGUGAGAGGCCAUUUCCAUGUUCUGAGUGUGGGAAAUGUUUUACACAGAAAUCACACCUUUUUAGACAUCAGAAAAGUCACACAGGAGAGAAUCCAUUUUCUUGCUCUGAGUGUGGGAAAUGUUUUACACGGAAAUCAUAUCUUGUUAUACAUCAGAGAAGUCACACAGGUGAGAGGCCAUUUCCAUGUUCUGAGUGUGGGAAAUGUUUUAUAAAGAAAUCAGCUCUUGUUACACAUCAGAGAAGUCACACAGGUGAGAAUACAUUUCCAUGUUCUGAGUGUGGGAAAUGUUUUGCACAUAAAUCAUAUCUUAUUAAACAUCAGAGAAGUCACACAGGUGAGAAGCCAUUUCUAUGUUCUGAGUGUGGGAAAUGUUUUACACAGAAAUCACAUCUUGUUAGACAUCAGAAAAGUCACACAGGUGAGAAACCAUUUUCUUGCUCGGAGUGUGGGAAAUGUUUUACACGGAAAUCGCAUCUUGUUAUACAUCAGCGAAUUUACACAGGUGAGAAUCCAUUUCCAUGUUCUGAAUGUGGAAAAUGUUUUGGACACAAAUCAGAUCUUAUUAAACAUUAUAGAAGUCACACAGGUGAGAAGCCAUUUUCUUGCUCUGAGUGUUGGAAAUGUUUUGCACAUAAAUCAGAUCUUAUUAAACAUCAGAGAAGUCACACAGGUGAGAAGCCUUUUUCUUGCUCUGAGUGUGGGAAAUGUUUUACACGGAAAUCACAACUUGUUACACAUCAGCGAAGUCACACAGGUGAGAAGCCAUUUCCAUGUUCUGAGUGUGGGAAAUUUUUUGGACACAAAUCAGAUCUUAUUAAACAUUAUAGAAGUCACAUAGGUGAGAAGCCAUUUUCUUGCUCUUAG